GAGCAUGUUUUCCAAUCCCGGAAGUAAGCCACGCUCCCCGUCCGGAACCCUAAUACUUGCUUUCCGUCGGGCGGGAUCUCCCGUUGCUUCUACUUUGCGUACUGCAUCUGGUUGUUCCCGGGCCAUGCUAACAAGCUUUCGCGCUUGUAGUGGAACAGCUUGCUAUCCAGCAGCAGAUCGAGCUGUUGCAGCAGCAGCAACAGCAUCUCCAAGCUACACAACAGCAAUAUGUCAACAUGGGAAUGAUGGCCCCAAACCAGGGUCUACCCCCGGGCUCUGCCUUCAAUCCCCUGCAGCCUACGAUGGCCAAUAUGUCGCCACAGGCCGGUUUCCAGUUCCCCAACCAGCUACAACAGCAGAACGUCCCCAUGGGCGGCCCCCCAACCCAGCCACACUCACAUCGCCGUAAUCAGUCGGCGCUCCCAAACAUGGGCAUGGGACCGCCUCCUGCUCCCUCCUCUGGAGCUUCCGGGUCUGCCUUUGGCAACUUUGACAACUCACAAGCUCAAGGCCAAGGUCGGGACAACACGGGCUCUCGGGGAGGACGGGGUGGCGGUCCCGGAGGUGGCCAUCAAAGACGACAUUCCUUGGCGUUGGCCGACGCCAAAAAGGCGGCCGAACUAGCCCAACAGAAGCGUACGACGUCGGCCUUCCAGUUCCCCGGUCCCGGCGCUUCUAGCUCCCCUGCUGAAAAGCCGGAUGAAGAAGCUAAGGGCACCGCUCAGACACCGACCGAUAGCCAGAUAGCACAGGGCUCGUCGUUCCGGGGUGGUCGUGGAGGCGCCCACGGGAGAAGCCAGAGCAUGGCUGUCGGUCCCGGUGCUCGUGGAGGAGCGGCUGGCCGCGGAGGCUCCAUGCACUUCUCGACCGAGUCUUCCGGUGGCCAGGGCGGCGACUUCAACCGUAGGGGCGGACACGGCCGUACGGGCUCUCGUAAUUUUGACAGCAAUUGGCGCAACCAGAGUCAGAACCAAGGCCAGGAUCAGGCAGGGCAAUCCCAGGGUUUCCAGCCCGGGCAUCGCGCUCGCGGUUCGGUGAACCACCAAUCCAUUUCGUCGGUCGGCGCCUUCCAGUACCCAGGGCAACCUCAGCUCGUCCAGCUCCCCGGCCAGAUGAUGGUCCCCGGCCUCUAUCCCGGCCAGCAGCUUAACGCGAUGCAGAUUAACCAGCUGCAGGCGCUCCAGGCUGCGCAGAUGAACGGCCAGCAUAUGCUUGGUCUGUCUGCGAGCCAGCACGCUCCCCAGCUAGCCGCGCAGCAGCCACAGCAACAGCAGCGCAAGACGCUGUUUACCCCAUACCUGCCCCAGGCAACCCUGCCGGCUCUCCUUGGGGACGGCCAGCUCGUCUCCGGCAUCCUCCGGGUGAACAAGAAGAACCGCAGCGACGCCUAUGUCUCGACGCAAGAUGGCCUCCUUGAUGCCGACAUCUUCAUCUGCGGCAGCAAGGAUCGUAACCGCGCUCUGGAAGGCGAUCUUGUGGCCGUCGAGCUUCUCGACGUCGAUGAGGUAUGGUCCCAGAAACGGGAGAAGGAAGAGAAGAAGAAGCGCAAGGAUAUUACCGACACUCGGUCUGGCUCCACAAACGGUGGCAGUCACAACAAUGCAAAUGGUGACGACAACAGCAACGCCGAGGGCGGCAUCCGCCGUCGGGGUAGUCUCCGGCAGCGCCCAACUCAGAAGAAGAACGACGACGUUGAGGUCGAGGGUCAGAGCUUACUACUCGUCGAAGAGGAGGAGAUUAGCGACCAACAGAAACCGCUGUACGCCGGACACAUCGUUGCUGUCAUUGAACGUGUCGCUGGCCAGAUGUUCUCAGGUACUCUUGGACUGCUUCGUCCUAGCAGCCAGGCCACGAAGGAGAAACAAGAAGCCGAGAGGGCCGCCAGAGAUGGUGGCUCUGGCCGCCACCAAGAGAACCGCCACCAGGAGAAGCCCAAGAUUGUGUGGUUCAAGCCUACCGACAAGCGUGUCCCAUUAAUCGCCAUCCCAACCGAGCAAGCCCCUCGCGACUUUGUUGAGAAGCACCAGGACUACGCAGAUCGGAUCUUUGUUGCUUGCAUCAAGCGGUGGCCCAUUACGUCGCUCCAUCCGUUUGGUACUCUUGUCGAACAGCUGGGCCGGAUGGGCGACCUGAAGGUCGAGACUGAUGCCCUGCUGCGGGAUAACAACUUCUCCUCAGACGAGUUCUCUGAUGCUGUCCUGCGGAGCGUCGGCCUCCAAGAUUGGACAAUCGCGAAGGAAGACGAGGCGGCGAUUGCUUCCCGUAGGGACUUCCGGGACGACAAGAUAUUCACUCUCGACGUGGAUGACUCAGUCGAGCUCGGCAAUGGCUUCCACGUCAAGUCUCAGCCUGAUGGCAAGAUUGAGAUUGGAAUUCAUGUUCCUGAUGUGACGCACUUUGUUAAGCCAAACUCGCUCGUGGACCGUGAGGCCAAGAAGCGUGGCACCGCCGUUCAUCUGGUCAACAGGUUCUGUGCCAUGCUGCCGCCCAAGCUGUCGACCGAAGUCUGCUCCCUCACUCCCGGCCAAGACCGACUGACCGUCAGUGUUGUCUUCCGUGUCAAUCCUCACAAUGGCGCAGUCGCCGAAGGCGACACUUGGAUUGGAAAGGGCGUCAUCAAGAGCCGUGGGAAGCUCUCGCUUUCUCAGAUUGACGAGGCCCUCUCCGGCCAGGGCGCAUUCGAGCACGACGUUGUGCAGCUCAAGGAUGUCCAGGUUCUAAACGCUGUUGCUCAGAAGUUCCGCGAGGCGCGUCUGGGUGCGGGAGGCGAACCCAUCGCUCCUCUCCGCCUGCUGCAACAACUUGAUGACGAGAACAUCCCGAUCAAACACAACAUCUUCGACUCAACCGCUGCAACUGAGCUGGUUGAGGAACUCACCCACAAGGCAAAUGCGUAUGUCGCUCAGCGGCUUGCACAGGGCCUGCCCGACAAGGCCCUUCUUCGUAGACAGGCGGCUCCCAAUCCCCGGCGCCUGCAGACUUUUGUUGAGCGCAUGACUGCCCUGGGCUACGAGAUUGAUUCGUCCAGCAGCGGCGCUCUCCAGAACAGUCUCUUCAAGGUUGACGAUGCCGACAUCCGAAAGGGCAUGGAGACGCUGAUCCUGAAGUCGAUGCAGCGGGCCAAGUACUUCAUUGCUGGCAAGAUGGCCAAGCACCUGUGGCCGCACUACGCGCUAAACCUGCCGCUCUACACUCACUUCACCAGUCCAACCUGCCGAUACGCUGAUGUCAUAGUCCAGCGGCAGCUGGAGGCUGUCCUCUCGGAGGGUAAGAUUGAGUACACUGACGAAGUGGAGAACCUGGUCAAGACUAUCGAGUCGUGCAACACAAAGAAGGAUUCUGCUCAAAAUGCGCAGGAGCAGAGCGUGCACAUCGAGUCUUGCCGAAACAUGGAUAAGACGCGACUAGAGGCCAAUGGCGACCUCAUCAGUGAGGGCAUUGUCCUUUGCGUGUACGAGUCAGCCUUCGACGUCCUCAUCCCAGAAUGGGGCUUCGAGAAGCGUGUGCACUGCGACCAGCUCCCACUUAAGAAGGCCGAGUUCAGGAAGGAGAAGAGAGUCCUCGAACUGUACUGGGAGAAGGGAGUGCCGAGCUCGGCGUAUGUCCCCGAAGACGAGCGGCCUAAGCUUAGCGGCGCGUCGCAGAGGAUCUCGAACGCUAUGGCGGCUGCACGUCAAGCCGAAGAGGCGGCACGAGCCAGGAAGGAGCGCGAGGAGGCCGCCCGCAAGCAGACUGAGACGGGCACUAUCUCUACCGACGAUGUCGAUGCCCUAUUUGAUGAUGACGAGGACAAUGCCUCGGACAUCACUGAGGCCAUGGCUGGAGCUUCGCUUGCAGAACGCCCGACGCAGAGCGUCCCCGGCUCCCCGACCCGAUCGUCGUCGAACGCUGCUGGCACUCUCCAGCGCACACGAUCCGAUUCGAAGGUCCCUAUCACCGAGGCGCCCGAGACUCGUCUGACAAACAAGGAGAAGUACUUGAAGCUUUUCAAGCUGAGGGAGGAGGGAGGCGAAUACAUCCAGGACGUGACAGAGAUGGCUCGGGUCCCGAUCAUCUUGAAGACGGACCUCUCCAAGAGUCCUCCAUGCCUUACCAUCCGCUCCUUGAACCCUUACGCACUCUAGGUGGAGCUUGGCACAUAUGUUUUUGGACAUUGAUUACAGCGGUGUAUGGCUGGAUGGCGGAUGGGCCAAUAGACCGACGUGGCAAACAUCAUCUGAAAGAAUAGUUGGGGAAGUGUGUGUGUGUGUGAGAGAGAGAGUGAGAGAGAGAGAGAGAGAGAUAGAUAGGGGGGCGGCGAUACGUAUAUGGAGAAGGAGAGGGAGAGAGGCAGGAGAAUGAUAUAUUUCGGGAAGUUGCUAACAACAACUCGUAUAAAGCCUCGGGGAUCGUUGUCUUUUUUAUUUUUGUUGUUGAAUGUCGCGGGGAGCUGCUGCAUAAAGAGUAUCUGAAGUGGAGGGUCUAUACUCGAGUAGCGAACAGACAGUCGUCAGGGUGUGUGUGGAUCCUAGGAGAGGAGAGGCUGAGAGAGCAUGGAAGAAGAAAAGGAGAGACAGUGUGAGGAGGAUUAGAAGACCAGAGAAACAACAAAGGCAUACUAAUAACCGGCCAUGCCA